AUGCUAGAGACCACAUCCUCUGGCAAUGGCAAUGGCAGUCGGGUGAGUACUAGUAGUACUCCCCGACGCCACAACAGCGGCAUGUUACGCGCUCAUACGACGGCGUAUUUUGCCGGUUUGGAUGCGAAUUUGCAAAUGGGGUUGGCCAUGGUCUUUGGUCUCUAUUUGAUUGUCACAGUGGGAACGUUCUCGAAAUUGCCCACGCCGCAUCAUACAGGGUUCAUGUCAUCACAGAAUAAUUUGGUGCGACGAGCCAAGGUUCUCUUGAAUGGCAAGUACUAUCAACCCGCCAUGACGGCCGCCGAUCUCAAGGGAUUGAUUGCUCAGGAAGAAGCCAAAUUGACGCCCGAACAACAACGAGACAAUCAUUACAAACAAGUAGAAAAUCCACAACAAGCCAUUCUACAACAACAACAACAACAACACAAUGUCAUGGCCAAAAUUGCUAGCACAAGUCCACCCGUCAUCGUCGACUGGAACGAAAUUGCCAAAAUCCAAACCAUUUUCCCCAUCAAAGCCACUGACUCGGUCGAACAAAUUGAUCAUCCGGGAUACCAAUACGCCAAUCAACAACUCUUCAAGGGGCCAGCGCCACCGCCACAGAAAAUGACCGUUCCCAAAUACUGGAAUCCACCUCAAUACGGAGGCGACGUUCGGAAAUUCUUGGGCGAUUACGGCAGUCGCCUCCUGACACCGCAAGAAGCACUCGCCAUUGGCAGUAAAGUCGCCAGUAAUGAUGGACCCGUCGAAACCAUUUACAUUACCAUUGCAUCCUAUCGCGAUCCCGAAUGUCCCGUGACCAUUGAUUCACUCUUUACGCGCGCCAAAUAUCCCGAACGACUUCGCGUCGCCGUUAUUGAUCAACGACUCGACGAUGAUAUGCGGUGUAUUGUCCCGGCCACGCCUUGCUCGGACGAUCCCCAUCAAGUGCUGUGCAAAUACAGCAAUCAAAUUGAAGCCCUCGAAAUGGAUGCGCGACUUGGGAUUGGACCCGUCUUUGCCCGGCAUUUGGGGUACCGACAUUACCGCGGCGAAUACUUUGCCAUGCAAGUCGAUGCUCAUGUCCGAUUUGUUCAAGAUUGGGAUGCCAGUUUGGUCGAACAAUGGCAUCAAGCGCACAAUGAAAUGGCGGUAUUGUCCACGUAUCUCUCGGAUCUCAAUAAUAGUAUUGAUCCCGUCACCCACGCCGCCAUUCGACCGGGACGACCCAUCAUGUGUGCCACCGAUUACGAAGGACAAGGCAAAUACAAACAUUUGCGACAUGGACAACAACCGGAAGGACCUGCCAUGAUUCAUGGACAACCCACGUUGCAUCCCUUUUGGGCGGCGGGAUUUAGUUUUGCACGAGGACAUUUUGUCGUGCAAGUUCCGUAUGAUCAGUAUUUGCCAAUGAUAUUCCAAGGAGAAGAAAUCAGUAUUGGAUUGCGGGGAUUCACCUUUGGAUACGAUUAUUACACGCCCGAAAAAUCGGUUUGCUUUCACAUGUACGCCAUGCUCGAAAACAAGGCCAAACGAGACAAGGUGCCGCAUUUUUGGGAAAAUACACAAACGUACCGUGCGGCGGGAACCAAAGCCAUGCAGCGGCUCAAUGGCAUUAUUGGAAUGGGUGAUCCCGCCGAUACGUACGAUCAUGCCGAAGAAAAGUUGUAUUCGUUAGGGCGUGUCCGACAAAAGGAAAAAUUCUUCAAGACGUUUGGCAUUCAUACCGACACGCAAACGGUGGAGCAUCAUCUUUGUCAAUUUGUGGGACAACCCAUGCAACGACUCUUUCUGCGUGCCAUGAGACAGGAUCAAAUGGGAUUGGAUUAUGAUCAAAUCAAUUAUGAAUGGAAGGAUCCAAAUCCUACGAAAAAAUAA